AUGCCUUUGAUGCCCCCCGGGUCCAAAACUGGUGUAUACUAUAUUCCUGUCUGUAAUCUUCCUUGGAAUACAACUUGGAAGAAGCUCAAAGACCACUCUCGAAACCGACAACCUGAUGGAUCUGGCUUGGCAAUCCUUCAGGCCAAUGUUUAUCCUGGAUCAACUUCAACCAGUGGAUGGGUAAGCGUUCAAGGACUGGCGGAUUUCCGAGCUGCAGUUGACCAUUUGAAUCAUUCGGCGAUGGAGGAUCACCCUCGAGCUGCCCGCACCCUACAGGCCGAUGGCCGUAACGAGACUUGUCCAGUGAUGCUUAAGGAUACUACUUCACCAAGCCCUUCUCCAUCUCGUCAGUGUUUUCCAGAACAGAAUACAUGGCAGCCAGUAUUACAGCACGCAAACUCAACUCACCCACAGGAAUUCUACCCCAAUUGGGCUGUUCAGCCUUCAUCACCUGCGGUUUCUUCUCCGAUGUCACCAUCCUUCUCCGAAAGUUCGUACUACCAACCUCCAUCGCCACAUUAUUAUCAAACCCAAACUUUCAACAACUUCUCUCCCCAGAAUGAAUACAUGCAAGCUAUGCAGCCUGGUAUGGUCCUUGUACCUAUGUCUCGGAUGCAACAACCACUAUACAUGGUCCCUGUUGAACCACAAAUGCAACAUCUACCACAAGCACCCUCCCCACACCACCCUCAGAUGUUUCCUCUCCCCCAACCUCCCAGCCCCGCGCCAAAACCUGAACUCCACCAACCCCCAAAGGUCAUCAAGACCGAAGCUCGAAAGAUCAUCAUUACCAAACUCCCCCUCAGCUGCAGCGAAAAGGACCUCCAGGAACUCAUCACCAGCGUCUCGUCGACGCGAAGCCGCAGUCCCCGCACGGCCGGCCAUCGCACUUCACCAGAAGGCACACGCUACCACCUUCAACACCUCGAGAUUGCCAGGCACUCCAAUGGUAGCCCGAAAGGCCACGCGUUCGCCGUCCUCGAAUCCUACUACACUGCAAAGUGCACCAUCGACGCCCUGAACGGUCUCAGCUGGCAAGGGAGAACACUACAAGCUCGCUUUGCCAAAGAGGGCGUGGAGUCGAAAAGUCGCGGCUCGAGACAUACCCAGAGCUCUGAGUCGGGUGAAUCACGCGUCCGCAGUGCUCCGCGCAUCAACACACGGGGGAGAGCCCAUGAGCAGCAGGUCCCUCGAUCGAUGGCGCCGGAGCCUGAGCCGCAGUAUCGGUACACUGGCAAUGGUGAGGCCAAAGUCAUGGAGGUGGAUGAGUACCUCUGUGCGCAGUAUUCCAGUAUUCAUAUCGACUAUCGUGGCGAAAGCUCAUCCAACUCAUCGCACUCGACGUCGUUCACGAGUGAUAAUAACGCUUCGGAAGUGAGUGGCCUGAGUUUGGAGGGUGAGAGGGAGAGGUGUCGGAGAAUAUUAGCCGAUGAAGAUACGGCAAGUCAUACGCCCGUGGUAGUUGAUGGGAGUUCUUUUGGGAAGAAGCGUAAAUCAAUUUGA